AUGUCUUUUGAAAACCAGGAGAACCAAACCAACCAAGUUAUAUCUCCAAAAGCUUCCUCAAAUAAAACUGAAAGCCACAAUCCUGUUCAAUGUCGUCUCAGCGAGCUGUCCUCUACAGAGCCAGUACCGAAGAAGAUCAAGCCCAAUCCAACAAAGGAAUCAAACUUUAAGACCACAAAAUGCUGCAAUCUCAAUGAUCUACGAUAUGGGACCUCGUACAAAAUUUGCAUGGCCGAGGAGUGUCGCAUUCCACCCGGAGCCAAAUAUAUGUGCUCCAAGGCGGAAGUGGGGAAAGAAGUUCAAAAUUAUUGUCUGAAGUGUUUUGAGGAUGCUGAUUUAGAUGUGAAUGAUUGGGAACAAAAGGAAAACACGAACCCAGCACUCGAGGAAAUCGAGGAAUGUGGAAUAUGCAGAGAGCUGUUUCACAGAGUAUGCGAAUUGAACAUCAGAAGCAAAUCGUCUUUCAUCUGUACAACAUGUUCACCACUGCGACUACUCAACAUGAUGAGAGAAGUUGGAACCGUCAACAAAGAUGCAUGCGCAAAGUUCAUGACGAAGAAGCUCAACGAGUUCAUUGUGGCGAAUAACCAGGAAGAGAGGCACCAACAACCAGUAACUGUCGUCAGCUUCAGCGAACAGAAGGAAGUUGACACAAGUGAAAUGUGUCCAGAACUUGACGCUUCCGAUUUCACCACUAAAUAUUCCGAAACUGUGAAAUUUGUGUAUCGUGCAAUCUACGUGUACUACAGGAUCGAUGGGAUCGAUGUUCCAUUUUUCUCCAUGUUUGUUUCUGAAUACCCAUCACAUGCUGGACAAAGCUGGUGUAUCAUCAAUUAUCUGGACACGGUGCCGUAUUUCAAAUCGGAAGGUAUCAAAAGAGGCGCAAUGCACGGAGAAAUAAUACUUAUAUAUAUCGAUUAUAUGAAGUCUAUCGGAUAUGAAAAUGCUCAUAUUUGGUCGAAUCCACCUGAACAAGGCAAUGAUUACAUUUUUAAUUUACAUCCGGACUAUCAAAAUUUCCUGGGUCAAAAUGGAUUGAACGACUGGUACAUUCGAAUUCUCCAGAAAGGAAAAGACGAUGGAAUUAUUCAAUCAUUCAAAACUUUUGAAGAGAAAAUGGGAGAAAACGCAUUCAAAAGUUGUGUUGACAUUCCAAUUUUUCCGGAAUCGUUGUGGUCUAAUGUCAUGAUAGAGGCAAAUUUUGAAACAUCCUACAAGAAAUGCUUCAUGAAGAAACUGCAAGUCCUAUACAAGAAACAUGCCGUCGACAAUUUCUGGAUCAAGUUGAACAAAUCAAGCGGCCCCCAACCGACUAUUCCGGCACUCUACCCACAUUCGAUAAUGGGCGAUCGAAUGAUGUUCCUGGACAAAUGCGCGGAAAUGAAUCUGGAAUUCUCCACUCUCCGAAGAGCAAAGUUUUCAUCUGUAUAUCUCAUUGAACUUAUGCAUGAUGCUGAUUAUUUUUAA